AUGAUAUCAGAUUAAUUACGAUUAGUUCUAUCCAAUAAUACUCCGAACAUUAUAGGACCUCAACUCUCUCGAAAAACUGUUCUUUUGAAAAGAAAGAAUAAGCAAAUAAACAACAGCACAUUAAAUCAAUUUCCUCAAAAGGGGAAUUAAGAUAUCGCAUCAAAAGGAGACAAGUCACAGAAAACAGAUAAGUCUGAUGCAAUAUCAAUUAAGUCGAAUAGCGUUGUACCUUCUCAAAUUUCGAACCCCAUCCCUUGCAUAUCAUAGGAUUUAUUUGAUGGUGUUGAAAUACCCUCCACUGACCCAAUUUGGUUAGAAAUCAUACCUCCAGAAUUAUUGCAAGAAACGACAAUUGAGAAAUUAUUGGAAGACAACAAAGAUUAUUUAUAUAACUUAUUGGGAUUAUAUUUAUAGGAAAGAGGCAUUGGAGACUUGAAUAUGUCACGUUUAGUUUUGCCUCAAAAGCUGUAAACUUAGUAUUCCAAAGAUUUUACUUUAAAAUCAGCAGAUCGAAAAAUAGGAAUUGACUCAAGGAUAUAUGAAGAUUAUAAAAUAUACAGUUCGCAGAAUUAAAAUACAACUACUUACAAAUAGUAUUAUUAGAAACCAACUCAAAAUGACAUUAUCCAAUCAUUCAAACCUACCUCAGAAAGGAGUGUUCUAGCGAUGGCUGCUCUAACUACAUAUAAAGCUAAUCACAUUAAUUUUAAAUCACCUGAAAAACCUGAAAUCAUGAAAGCACCCUCUAGUUCAACCACUGGAAAAUUGCAACUAAAUGGAAAUUCCAAUUACAAUCAAGAUUACAAAUGGCAUCAAAAAUAUGAACGAUUGCCCAAUUUUAAAAAUAGUUAUUCUAAAUUAAAUCCCAUUUCCAACUCCGAUAUCUUCUUCACUAAGGAGAGAGCCUCGAUUGAUUUCUAUCCAUCGAAUGCUGAAUAAAGAAUCAACCAAGUUCUUCCGACACCUUCCUUUUAGGGUUAAUUUAUGACUACAUUCAAACAUGAUUAUUAAUAAUUUGAUCAGGAGUUGCUCACUCCAAAGAUAAGGAAUUGGAGAUAAAAUAUGGUGAAUAAAAUUAAUUCAGUUAGGGAGAGGUCAAUUUAGCAAUGA